CUUCUUAUUGCAGACAUGAAGCUGCUCCUGGCCCUUGCAGGGCUCCUGGUCAUUCUGGCCAUGCCACAGUCCUCUGAGAGUGCUGCUUCAGCUGUCCUGGGGCAGGUGGAGACCUCAGUGGUGCUGACCUGCAUGGAAGAGGCCAAGCGAAUAGUGGACAAGGCCUACAAGGAUCGACGGGAAAGCAUCAAGCAGCGGCUUCGCAGUGGCACAGCCAGCCCCAUGGAGCUCCUGUCCUACUUCAAGCAGCCAGUGGCCGCCACCAGGACAGCUGUGAGGGCUGCUGACUAUUUGCACGUGGCCCUAGACUUGCUGAAGGGGAAGCUGCGCCCCCUGUGGCCAGGCCCUUUCAAUGUCACUGAUGUGCUGACGCCAGCUCAGCUGAAUCUGCUGUCCAAGUCUAGCGGCUGCGCCUACCAGGAUGUGGGGGUGAGGUGCCCAGAGCAGGACAAGUACCGCACCAUCACCGGGCAGUGCAACAACAGGCGCAGCCCCACGUUGGGCGCCUCCAACCGCGCCUUAGCGCGCUGGCUGCCCGCUGAAUACGAGGACGGUGUCUCAGUGCCCUACGGCUGGACGCCCGGGGUCAAGCGCAACGGCUUCCCGGUGCCCCUGGCCCGCGCUGUCUCCAACGCCAUCGUGCGCUUCCCCAACGAGCAGCUGACCCGAGACCAGGAGCGCUCGCUCAUGUUCAUGCAGUGGGGGCAGCUGCUGGACCAUGACCUGGACUUGGCCCCCGAGCCAGCUGCCCGGGCCUCCUUCACCACUGGCAUCAACUGCGAGACCAGCUGCCUGCAGCAGCCGCCCUGCUUCCCCCUCAAGAUCCCACCCAACGACCCCAGAAUUAAGAAUGUACGUGACUGCAUCCCCUUCUUCCGUUCCUGUCCGGCCUGCACAGGGGGCAACAUUACCAUCCGCAACCAGAUCAACGCGCUCACCUCCUUCGUGGACGCCAGCAUGGUGUACGGCAGCGAGGACCCCUUGGCCAUGAGAUUGCGCAACCGGACCAACCAGCUCGGGCUGCUGUUGGUCAAUGAUCGCUUCCAGGACAACGGCCGCGCCCUGCUGCCCUUCGACAACCUGCAUGAUGACCCCUGCCUCCUCACCAACCGCUCCGUGAACAUCCCCUGCUUCCUGGCAGGGGACACCCGCUCAAGCGAGAUGCCAGAGCUCACCUCCAUGCAUACACUCUUACUGCGGGAGCACAACCGACUGGCCACGCAGCUCAAGCGCCUGAACCCCCGCUGGGAUGGAGAGAAGCUCUACCAGGAAGCCCGGAAGAUCGUGGGAGCCAUGGUCCAGAUUAUUACUUACCGGGAUUACCUGCCCCUGGUGCUGGGGCCUGAAGCUAUGAAGAAGUACCUGCCCAAGUACCGCUCAUACAAUGACUCGGUGGACCCUCGCAUCGCCAAUGUCUUCACCAAUGCCUUCCGCUAUGGCCACACCCUCAUCCAACCCUUCAUGUUCCGCCUGGACAGUCGGUACCAGCCCGUGAAGAUCAACCCCCGAGUUCCACUCAGCAGGGUCUUUUUUGCUUCCUGGAGGGUAGUGCUGGAAGGUGGCAUCGAUCCCAUUCUACGGGGCCUCAUGGCCACACCUGCCAAGCUGAAUCGCCAGAACCAAAUUGUGGUGGAUGAGAUCCGGGAUCGGUUGUUUGAGCAGGUCAUGAGGAUCGGGCUGGACCUGCCCGCUCUGAACAUGCAGCGCAGCCGGGACCAUGGCCUCCCAGGGUACAACGCCUGGAGGCGCUUCUGUGGGCUUACACAGCCCCAAACUGUGGGAGAGCUGGGUACCGUGCUGAAGAACCUGGACCUGGCCAGGAAGCUGAUGGCGCAGUAUGGCACACCCAACAACAUUGACAUCUGGAUGGGCGGCGUGGCCGAACCCCUGCAGAGGCGGGGCCGUGUGGGUCCGCUUCUCGCCUGCCUCAUCGGGACCCAGUUCAGGAAGCUGCGAGAUGGAGAUCGGUUUUGGUGGCAGAACAAGGGGGUGUUCAGUGAGGCACAGAAGCGGGCGCUGGCCACGAUCUCCUUGCCCCGCAUCAUCUGUGACAACACAGGCAUCACCAUUGUGUCUAAGAAUAACAUCUUCAUGUCCAACACAUUCCCUCGGGACUUUGUCAACUGCAGAACACUCCCUGCGCUGGAUCUGACACCCUGGAGUGACAAGGCCUAGAGGCUGGGCACCCCCCUGGAGAGGAGCU